AGGGGGGGAGUCCUGCCUAACCCUGUUUGUGGGGCUUGGUGUGUGGCAGGGAGGGACUUACCCUCAACGCUGCUUAGGGUUCCCCCAACCCCCUCACCUUGUGUGGGUCUCUUCCAGGGUUUCACACCUGGCAGUGGAUGUUUGGCUGUGAGCUGAGGAAAGAUGGGAGUAAGGGCGGGUAUCAGCAGUUUGGCUAUGAUGGGAAGGACUACAUCAGCUUUGACAAGGAUACGCUCACCUGGACGGCAGCUGAUCUUCCAGCCCAGAACACCAAGAGGAAGUGGGAUGCUGAACCUGCCAUUGCCCAGCACCAGAAGGCCUACCUGGAGGAGAUCUGCAUUGAGUGGCUGAAGAAAUACCUGGAGUAUGGGAAGGAAGUGCUGCUGAGGACAGGUGAGUGAUGCGCAUGGGUGAAA